UGUGAUGUCAGAAAUAGAUCCGAUUACAAUUAAACUUGUCGUUGUCGGUGAUGGAAAUGUAGGCAAGACUUGUAUACUUCUCAGGUAUUUCUAUUAAAAAUCCAUAGCUACACAACAGAUAAAUUUCCUUAAGAUUAUGUUCCUACAGUUUUUGAAAAUUAUACCACAUAAACAGCUGUUGAUGGCAAGAUGAUUAAUUUAAGUUUAUGGGAUACUGCAGGAUAAGAAACAUAUAAUAGACUAAGAACAUUAUCCUAUAAUUCAGCUGAUGUCUUUUUAGUUGUCUUCUCUGUUAUUGAAGAAUCUAGUUUUGAAAAUGCAAUAAUUAAAUGGUAUCCAGAAUUAGAGGCUCCUGAAUUAAAAUGUGUACCAAAAAUAUUUGUUGGAAACAAAAUAGAUAUGAGAAAUUAAGCAAAUCCAAGUCAUGUUUAAUAAGAAGCUGUAAUCAUUAAUUUAAUCAACUCAUUAGGCAAAAUCAAAAGUUGAAAAAUUACAAUGUCAAUAUUUAGAAUGUUCUGCAUUAACAUAAAUUGGUUUGAAAGAAAUUUUUGACUAAGCAAUUAAAAAAGCCAUUAAAGUCAAAAUCUUAAAGUCAUAAAAUUAAACCUUGCAAAAUGUUACAAGUACUAUUUAAAAAGACUAAAAACCUUCAAAUGAAGAAAAAUGCUGUUGCUCAACCUUUUGAUA